AUGUUGUUGUAUUGGGCAGGUUGUCAUGGUGAGACUAGCACAGUCCCAGCUCAGUCCCAGCUCAGUCCCAGCACAGUCACACACUCUGUCACACACUCUGUCCAGGCAGUAGAGGGCGCUCUGCCCUGGCCCUGUGAUAGCAGCUCGCGGAGCAUGCCGGGAGUUGUAGUUCGGGGGAUCAUGUUCCGGGUUAGUGAGCGGCUGUUACCGGAAGUGAGUGUGCAUGUUGCAGUGAGUACUUCCGGUGGUGGUGGUUGUCGCACGGUUGUGUCUCCCUGUGUCGGUUUAUCUCGGGAUCCAGCCAUGAGGGAUGUGACCGCCUACCUACAGCUUCAGCAGAGCCAGAGCGCAGCCCCAGAGACCGCAGCAAUAUGGCACCAGCUGGAGGAGCUCUACAACAAGAAGUGAGAGCACUCACAGCACUCCCAGACAGCACUAUCACACAGCACUCACAGCCAGCCCUAUAAUAUAGCACUCCCAGCACUCACAGCCAGCACUAUAAUAUAGCACUCCCAGCACUCCCAGACAGCCCUAUAAUACAGCACUCACAGCCAACACUGUCAUAUAGCACUCCCAGACAGCCCUACCGUAUAGCACUCCCAGCCAGCACUAUAAUAUAGCACUCCCAGCCAGCCCUAUAAUAUAGCACUCCCAGCCAGCACUAUAAUACAGCACUCACAGCACUCACAGCCAACACUGUCAUAUAGCACUCCCAGCCAGCACUAUAAUAUAGCACUCCCAGCCAGCACUAUAAUAUAGCACUCCCAGCCAGCCCUAUAAUACAGCACUCACAGCACUCACAGCCAACACUGUCAUAUAGCACUCCCAGACAGCCCUACCGUAUAGCACUCCCAGCCAGCACUAUAAUAUAGCACUCCCAGCCAGCCCUAUAAUACAGCACUCCACAGCACUCACAGCCAACAAUGUGCAUGGCACUCCCAGACAGCCCUACCGUACUUAGCACUCAAUACAGCACUAUAAUAUAGCACUCCCAGUAGCACUAUAAUAUAGCACUCCCAGCCAACACUAUAAUACUUAUAGCCUCCCCAGCCAACACUAUAAUAUAGCAUAAUAGCUAACACUAUAAUAUAGCACUCCCAGCCAGCACUAUAAUAUAGCACUCCCAGCCAGCACUAUAAUAUAGCACUCCCAGCCAGCACUAUAAUAUAGCACUCCCAGCCAGCCCUAUAAUACAGCACUCCCAGCACUCACAGCCAACACUGUCAUAUAGCACUCCCAGACAGCCCUACCGUAUAGCACUCCCAGCCAGCACUAUAAUAUAGCACUCCCAGCCAGCCCUAUAAUACAGCACUCCCAGCACUCACAGCCAACACUGUCAUAUAGCACUCCCAGACAGCCCUACCGUAUAGCACUCCCAGCCAGCACUAUAAUAUAGCACUCCCAGCCAGCCCUAUAAUACAGCACUCCCAGCACUCACAGCCAACACUGUCAUAUAGCACUCCCAGACAGCCCUACCGUAUAGCACUCCCAGCCAGCACUAUAAUAUAGCAAUCCCAGCACUCCCAGCAAGCAAUAUCAUAUAGCAAUCCCAGCACUCCCAGCCAGCCCUAUAAUAUAGCACUCACAGCCAGCACUAUAAUAUAGCAAUCACAGCCAGCACUAUAAUAUAGCAAUCACAGCACUCCCAGCCAGCACUAUCAUACAGCACUCCCCAGACAGCCCUACCGUCUAUACAGCACUCCCAGCACUCCCAGCCAGCACUAUAAUAUAGCACUCCCAGCCAGCCCUAUAAUAUAGCACUCACAGCCAGCACUAUAAUAUAGCAAUCACAGCCAGCACUAUAAUAUAGCAAUCCCAGCACUCCCAGACAGCACUGUCAUACAGCACUCCCAGACAGCCCUACCGUAUAGCAAUCCCAGCACUCCCAGCCAGCACUAUAAUAUAGCACUCCCAGCCAGCCCUAUAAUAUAGCACUCACAGCCAGCACUAUAAUAUAGCAAUCCCAGCACUCCCAGACAGCACUGUCAUACAGCACUCCCAGACAGCCCUACCGUAUAGCACUCCCAGCACUCCCAGCCAGCACUAUAAUAUAGCACUCCCAGCCAGCCCUAUAAUAUAGCACUCACAGCCAGCACUAUAAUAUAGCAAUCACAGCCAGCACUAUAAUAUAGCAAUCCCAGCACUCCCAGAGAGCACUGUCAUACAGCACUCCCAGACAGCCCUACCGUAUAGCAAUCCCAGCACUCCCAGCCAGCACUAUAAUAUAGCACUCCCAGCCAGCCCUAUAAUAUAGCACUCACAGCCAGCACUAUAAUAUAGCAAUCACAGCCAGCACUAUAAUAUAGCAAUCCCAGCACUCCCAGACAGCACUGUCAUACAGCACUCCCAGACAGCCCUACCGUAUAGCACUCCCAGCCAGCACUAUAAUAUAGCAAUCCCAGCACUCCCAGCAAGCAAUAUCAUAUAGCAAUCCCAGCACUCCCAGCCAGCACUAUAAUAUAGCACUCACAGCCAGCACUAUAAUAUAGCAAUCCCAGCACUCACAGCCAGCACUAUAAUAUAGCACUCACCGCUAGCACUAUAAUAUAGCACUCACCGCUAGCACUAUAAUAUAGCACUCACAGCCAGCACUAUAAUAUAGCACUCACAGCACUCUCAGACAGCCCUAUAAUAUAGCACUCACAGCCAGCACUAUAAUAUAGCAAUCCCAGCACUCACAGCCAGCAAUAUCAUAUAGCAAUCCCAGCACUCCCAGCCAGCACUAUAAUAUAGCACUCACAGCCAGCACUAUAAUAUAGCAAUCCCAGCACUCACAGCCAGCACUAUAAUAUAGCACUCACCGCUAGCACUAUAAUAUAGCACUCACCGCUAGCACUAUAAUAUAGCACUCACAGCCAGCACUAUAAUAUAGCACUCCCAGCACUCCCAGACAGCCCUAUAAUAUAGCACUCACAGCCAGCAUUAUAAUAUAGCAAUCCCAGCACUCAGACAGCCCUAUAAUAUAGCAAUCCCAGCCAGCACUAUAAUAUAGCAAUCCCAGCACUCCCAGCCAGCCCUACCGUAUAGCACUCCCAGCACUAACAGCCAGCACUAUUAUACAGCACUCCCAGCCAGCACUAUAAUAUAGCACUCACAGCCAGCACUGUCAUAUAGCAAUCCCAGCACUCACAGCCAGCCUUAUAAUAUAGCACUCCCAGCCAGCACUAUCAUAGGGAAAUCCCAGCACUCACAGCCACCACUACCGUAUAGCAUUCCCAGCCAGCACUAUCAUAGGGAAUCCCAGCACUCCCAGCCGGCACUAUCAUAGGGAAAUAUAGCAAUCCCAGCACUCACAGCCAGCACUACCGUAUAGCACUCACAGCCAGCACUACCGUAUAGCAAUCCCAGCACUCACAGCCAGCACUACCGUAUAGCAAUCCCAGCACUCACAGCCAGCACUGUCAUAUAGCAAUCCCAGCACUCACAGACAGCCUUAUAAUAUAGCACUCCCAGCCAGCACUAUCAUAUAGCAAUCCCAGCCAGCACUAUCAUAUAGCACUCCCAGCCAGCACUAUAAUAUAGCACUCCCAGCCAGCACUAUCAUAUAGCACUCCCAGCACUCACAGCCAGCACUAUCAUAUAGCAAUCCCAGCACUCACAGCCAGCACUAUAAUAUAGCACUCCCAGCCAGCACUAUCAUAUAGCAAUCCCAGCACUCACAGCCAGCACUAUAAUAUAGCAAUCCCAGCACUCACAGCCAGCAAUAUCAUAUAGCACUCACAGCCAGCCCUAUAAUAUAUUAAUCCCAGCACUCCCAGACAGCAAUAUCAUAUAGAUAUCACAGCACUCCCAGCCAGCAAUAUAAUAUAGCAAUCACAACAAUAUUAUAUAUUAAUCCCAGCCAGCAAUGGGACAAUACAGAUAUAUAUAAUGUCCAGGAGUCAGCCAGCAAUGGGACAAUACAAUACAGAAAUAAUAUAUUAAUCCCAGCCAGCAAUGGGACAAUACAAAUAUUAUAUAUUAAUCCCAGCCAGCAAUGGGACAAUACAGAUAUAAUAUAUUAAUCCCAGCCAGCAAUGGGACAAUACAGAUAUUAUAUAUUAAUCCCAGCCAGCAAUGGGACAAUACAGAUAUAAUAUAUUAAUCCCAGCCAGCAAUGGGACAAUACAGAUAUUAUAUAUUAAUCCCAGCCAGCAAUGGGACAAUACAGAUAUUAUAUAUUAAUCCCAGCCAGCAAUGGGACAAUACAGAUAUAAUAUAUUAAUCCCAGCAAUCCCAGCCAGCUAUGGGACAAUACAGAUAUAAUAUAUUAAUCCCAGCAAUCCCAGCCAGCUAUGGGACAAUACAGAUAUAUUAAUCCCAGCCAGCAAUGGCACAAUACAGAUAUAAUAUAUUAAUCCCAGCAAUCCCAGCCAGCUAUGGGACAAUACAGACAUAUUAAUCCCAGCCAGCAAUGGCACAAUACAGAUAUUAUAUAUUAAUCCCAGCCAGCAAUGGCACAAUACAGAUAUUAUAUAUUAAUCCCAGCCAGCUAUGGGACAAUACAGAUAUAUUAAUCCCAGCCAGCAAUGGGACAAUACAGAUAUUGUAUAUUAAUCCCAGCCAGCUAUGGGACAAUACAGAUAUAUUAAUCCCAGCCAGCAAUGGGACAAUACAGAUAUUAUAUAUUAAUCCCAGCCAGCAAUGGGACAAUACAGAUAUUAUAUAUUAAUCCCAGCCAGCAAUGGGACAAUACAGAUAUAAUAUAUUAAUCCCAGCCAGCAAUGGGACAAUACAGAUAUUAUAUAUUAAUCCCAGCAAUCCCAACCAGCUAUGGGACAAUACAGAUAUAAUAUAUUAAUCCCAGCAAUCCCAGCCAGCUAUGGGACAAUACAGAUAUAUUAAUCCCAGCCAGCAAUGGGACAAUACAGAUAUUAUAUAUUAAUCCCAGCCAGCAAUGGGACAAUACAGAUAUUAUAUAUUAAUCCCAGCCAGCAAUGGCACAAUACAGAUAUUAUAUAUUAAUCCCAGCCAGCAAUGGCACAAUACAGAUAUUACAUAUUAAUCCCAGCCAGCUAUGGGACAAUACAGAUAUAUUAAUCCCAGCCAGCAAUGGGACAAUACAGAUAUUAUAUAUUAAUCCCAGCCAGCAAUGGGACAAUUCAGAUAUUAUAUAUUAAUCCCAGUCAGCAAUGGGACAAUACAGAUAUUAUAUAUUAAUCCCAGCAAUCCCAGCCAGCUAUGGGACAAUACAGAUAUAUUUAUCCCAGUCAGCAAUGGCACAAUACAGAUAUUAUAUGUUAAUCCCAGCAAUGGCACAAUACAGAUAUUAUAUAUUAAUCCCAGCCAGCAAUGACACAAUACAGAUAUUAUAUAUUAAUCCCAGCCAGCAAUGGCACAAUACAGAUAUUACAUAUUAAUCCCAGCCAGCUAUGGGACAAUACAGAUAUUAUAUAUUAAUCCCAGCCAGCAAUGGGACAAUACAGAUAUUAUAUAUUAAUCCCAUCCAGCAAUGGGACAAUACAGAUAUUAUAUAUUAAUCCCAUCCAGCAAUGGCACAAUACAGAUAUUAUAUAUUAAUCCCAGCCAGCAAUGGCACAAUACAGAUAUUGUAUAUUAAUCCCAGCCAGCAACGGGACAAUACAGAUAUAAUAUACUAAUCCCAGCAAUCCCAGCCAGCUAUGGGACAAUACAUAUAUAAUAUAUUAAUCCCAGCAAUCCCAGCCAGCUAUGGGACAAUACAGAUAUAUUAAUCCCAGCCAGCAAUGGCACAAUACAGAUAUAAUAUAUUAAUCCCAGCCAGCUAUGGCACAAUACAGAUAUUAUAUAUUAAUCCCAGCCAGCUAUGGCACAAUACAGAUAUUAUAUAUUAAUCCCAGCCAGCAAUGGCACAAUACAGAUAUAUAUUAAUCCCAGCCAGCUAUGGGACAAUACAGAUAUAUUAAUCCCAGACAGCAAUAGGACAAUACAGAUAUUAUAUAUUAAUCCCAGCCAGCAAUGGGACAAUACAGAUAUUAUAUAUUAAUCCCAGCCAGCAAUGGCACAAUACAGAUAUUAUAUAUUAAUCCCAGCAAUCCCAGCCAGCUAUGGGACAAUACAGAUAUAAUAUAUUAAUCCCAGCAAUCCCAGCCAGCUAUGGGACAAUACAGAUAUAUUAAUCCCAGCCAGCAAUGGGACAAUACAGAUAUUAUAUAUUAAUCCCAGCCAGCAAUGGGACAAUACAGAUAUUAUAUAUUAAUCCCAGCCAGCAAUGGCACAAUACAGAUAUUAUAUAUUAAUCCCAGCAAUCCCAGCCAGCUAUGGGACAAUACAGAUAUAAUAUAUUAAUCCCAGCAAUCCCAGCCAGCUAUGGGACAAUACAGAUAUUAUAUAUUAAUCCCAGCCAGCAAUGGGACAAUACAGAUAUUAUAUAUUAUCACACCCAGCAUGGGGACAGCCAGAUAUAUUAUCACACCAUGUAUAUUAAUCAUACCCAGCAAUGGGAGAAUAUAUAUAUAUAUAUUUUUACCAUCCUACUGAAAGCCCAAAUAUGGGGCUGAAACGUUGAUUUAUUUUGAACAUUAAAAGUUACGUUUUAGUGAUAUUUACAAGUCCCUGAGUGCGGUCAUUCUCUGUUUUUCUAUGCUAUUUGCCUGACCAGCACCUGGCACAUUAUUUACCUAUUCCAGGAGUGCAAGCAACUUUGUAUUGUUUACACACCAUGUAUAGUAAUCAUAACCCAGCAUGGGGACAGCCAGAGAUAAUACCUCCUCACACCAGGUGUAUAAUAAUCAUACCCAUCCUAGGGACAGCACAGCCAGAUACAGGGAUAAUACACCAGGGGGAUUAAACCUCCUCACACCAUGUGUAUAAUAAUCAUACCCAGCAUGGGGACAGCACAAAUAUAUAUUACAGUGAUAAUACAACUGUGGGGGCGGAGAAAGGCAAGCAGUGAGGAGUGUCAUCAGCGUACAGGUGGUAUUGGAAUCCGAAUAAGGUAAUACGUUUGCCAAGAGAGGCAGUAUAAAGAGAAAAUAGAAGGGGACCAAGGACAGAGCCUUGGGGGACUCCAACAGAGACAAGAUGAAGGGAGGAGGUAUCAUUAGAAAAGGAGACACUGAAUGAGCUUUGGGAGAGAUAGGAGGAAAACCACGAGAGGACAGAGUCACAGAGACAGAGUGAUUGAAGAGUUUGGAGAAGGAGAACAUGGUCAACAGUGUCAAAGGCAGCAGUGAGGUCAGGAAGAAUUAGUAUGGAGUAGUGCUCUUUGGAUUUAGCUGUGAUGAGGUCAUUAGUGACUUUAAUAAUGGCAGUCUCAAUAGAGUGGAGGGGCGGAAGCCAGACUGAAGAGUGUCAAGGAGAGAGUUGGAAUUGAGGAAACAAAUCAGACUGGUAAAGACCAGUCUUUCCAGAAGCUUUGAGGAAAAAGGGAACAGAGAUAUGGGACGAUAGUUAGAAGGGGAGGAUGGGUUGAGACAUGGUUUUUUCUUUUCAGGAUAGGUACUACAGUGGCAUGUUUAAGGUCAGCAGGGACAGUGCCAGAAGAGAGAGAGCAGUUGAAGAUGUGUGUUAAGGAAGGCACAAGAUACGAGGAGAGAGAUCUGAUACGGUGAGAAGGGACAGGAUCAAACGGGUGAGAGGAAAGGAGAAGUGCAGCCACCUCUUGUUCAGUAGCCAGGGAGAAAGUCUGAAGGGUAGGAUCCAGACGUGGUUGAGGAAUAGAAGGGCAAGGUGGUGAAAAUUCUUUCCUUAGCUGUUCAAUCUUGUCGGUAAAGUAGCAUGCAAAGCUAUCGGCUGUAAGGUUGGUUUGGGGGAUGGCAACAGCAGGGGAAAGAAGCGAGUUAAAGGUAUUAAAAUGAUGCCUGGGAUUGCAGCAGUAUGAGCUAAUGAGGGAGGGAAAGUAUAACUGUUUGGCAAGGGCUGCGCUGUAUGAACGCAAUAUGAAUCUCUAUAAUGGCGAAAGUCUGCCUGGGUGUGUGACUUCCUUCAGCAGCGUUUAGCAGAACGGGAGCAUCUCUGCAGGUAGCGUGUUGAUUUAGUGUACCACGGUUGGGAGCGUGUUCUCCUCAAGGUGCAUGUUUGGAGCGGGGCUGCAGCAUCCAGGGCAGAGGUGAGGGUAAUGUUAUAUGAGGAGAUAGCCAGUGAGGGACUGGAGAAAGUAGGGAUGGAUAGAAGUUGGGAAUCAAUAUUAGCUGAUAGCUGCUGGAGGUCAAUAUAAUUCAGAGGGGGUUAGGUUGAGGAUGAUGGGGUAAGGGGCUAUUGAGAGCAAAUAAGAGGUGGUGAUCUGAGAGAGGAAAUGGAGUGUUGCAGAGAUUAGAGAUUGUACAUUCAUGAGAGAAAAUGAGGUCGAGGGUAUUGCCAGCUACAUGGGUGGGGGAUUUAGGAUACUGUGAUAGCCCAAGGGAGGAGGUCUACAACACCACCUUUGCUUUCAGUGUCUUGGGUUGCGGGGAAACUGAAGACAACCAAAAGAUAGUCAGGGGGGUAACGGUGUCAGAGGGAGAGCGCCAUGUUUCAGUUAAGGCUAGUAAGAGAUGAAAAGGUCAUGCACAGCAGUGGAUUUAGUAACACUGCAAACAGUGUGUGCAUUCCAGAGGGCAGAAUGGAAGGAUGAUUUAAAUGAAGUGACAUGAGAUGGGUAUGAGAUUAUUGUAAUUCCUGGAGUUAGCACAUGGUGGGUUUGCAGAGGUUGGACCCAGAUUUGAAGAGACAUCACCAUCUGCUAGGAGCAGAAGGAUAGAGAGUAAGAGAAGGUGGGAGAAGGUUUGUAUUUAGGGGUUUUAGAAAGGGUUGGUGGAGAUAGGCUGGAAAGGUAUAAGUAGAAUGCAUGAGAUGAAUAGAGAGGGGAGGGAAGUAAAGUGGGAGCAAUGAAAAUGGUGUGAGCAGAGGGAUAAAGAGAUUUUACUAAUUAGAGAGUGAAAAUAAAGAAUAUAAGGGAGAGCAUUCUCCAAGGAGAAUAAAUGAGUUUAUAUUAUAAAGAAGGAAAAUUAGGAUUUUUAGUCAGGCAAAAUUAGAUGAGGUGGGAUCUUAGUCACAUGAGAGACGAGAUGGAUCAGGGGUUGCAAGUAGGGAGUGUGAUAGUUGAGCAGGUGAUGCGGGUUUGAGAGACAUUGCUGUGUUCUCCAAUAAUGCUGCCUGAUUUACACACCUUGUGUGCGUGGACCAUCCUGGUUUUUCUAUUAUUGACCGUGGUUCAGCCAACCUCAGAUCCAGGUAAGCACCUGGUUUGUGGAGGAAGUGUUUCUACAAUGUACAAUUCCCAGAAAGGCAAAGAAUUUGUACAGAGCGGAGCAUUUACUUUUGUAAAUAUGUUUUCCAUUAUUUGUAUAUAUUUGUAUAUCUGUAUGUACUUACCAGUGGUGUUCAUUGCAGAGUGAGAGUGUUAUUGUAAUAGGAGUAAUGGAAAUCAACAAGUAUCACCUUUUGGCUUCCUCCAGGUUGUGGCAUCAGCUGACCCUGCAGCUUCUGGAUUUUGUACAGGACCCAGAAUGUGCAAAAGGAAAUGGACUUAUUAAGGUGAUCAUGCAAUUACGUAAUAACCUAAAUCAUUUCCCCUGCCUUUAAAAUGUAGAUUGUGAAAUAACCCCAAAAGGUUUACAGGCUUGUCAAUAAGCAUGUAAUGUACUGCUUAGACACAAAAAAAUUUAGGAUUAAUGAUACAGAUAGAGUUGUAUUUUUAUUUUUAUUAUUCAAGUUAAAAAGUGACAUAUUUAAAGGGAUCUGGGUAGUCUGGUCCUCUGGGAAGAUUGUCCCUAUUGCCCUUAGUCCUGAAAUGUAAAAUGCAUAUUUGCCCCCCCCCCCACCCAAUCGGAUGAUUAAGGAAGAGGCAAAGUGUUGAGGCUCCUGGCAGAUGAAGCACCAGAUUUAAAUGGCGGCAGCCACAAUGUGCAGAUUAAGGUAAAUAAAACCUAUCUUUCCCUGAAACCACACUGCAAGGGGAACAGUUAACUUUGUGGGUUUUUGCAAAAUAUCCAAGAAAGAUGACAGCUGCUUUCUUUUGGCCUCGGCAUUCUACUCUUGUUUGUGUUACUCAUAAUGAAUCUCACGUGUCCCUUCAAUUUACUAAUUUAUCUGUUAUCUCUUUACAGUUCUAUGAGAACUUUAUCAGUGACUUUGAGCACAGGUAGGUUGGCUAGUUUACUGAUAAUUUGUGCCAUUUGCUGUUACAUUACUAUUACAUUCAUUGUAAUGCUAUCUAGGAUGUACAGUUGCAAGAAAAAGUAUGUGAACCCUUUGGAAUGAUACGGAUUUCUGCACAAAUUGGUCAUAAAAUGUGAUCUGAUCAUCUAAGUCACAACAAUAGACAAUCAUAGUCUGCUUAAACUAAUAACACACAAAGAAUGAAAUGUUGCCAUGUUUUUAUUGAACACACCAUGUAAACAUUCACAGUGCAGGUGGAAAAAGUAUGUGAACCCUUGGAUUUAAUAACUGGUUGAACCUCCUUUGGCAGCAAUAACUUCAACCAAACAUUUCCUGUAGUUGCAGAUCAGACAUGCACAACGGUCAGGAGUAAUUCUUGACCAUUCCUCUUUACAGAACUGUUUCAGUUCAAUAUUCUUGGGAUGUCUGGUGUGAAUCGCUUUCUUGAGGUCAUGCCACAGCAUCUCAAUCGGGUUGAGGUCAGGACUCUGACUGGGCCACUUCAGAAGGCGUAUUUUCUUCUGUUUAAGCCAUCCUGUUGUUGAUUUACUUCUAUGCUUUGGGUCAUUGUCCUGUUGCAGCACCCAUCUUCUGUUGAGCUUCAGAUGGUAGACAGAUGGCCUUAAGUUCUCCUGCAAAAUGUCUUGAUAAACUUGGGAAUUAAGUUUUCCUUCGAUGAUAGCAAUCCGUCCAGACCCUGACGCAGCAAAGCAGCCUCAAAUCAUAAUGCCCCCACCACUAUACUUCACAGUUGGGAUGAGGUUUUGAUGUUGGUGUGUCUUGCCUUUUUUUCGCCACACAUAGUGUUGUGUGUUUCUUCCAAACAACUCAACUUUGGUUUCAUCUGUCCACAGAAUAUUUUGCCAGUACUGCUGUGGAACAUCCAGGUGCUCUUGUGCAAACUGUAAACGUGCAGCAAUGUUUUGUUUGGACAGCAGUGGCUUCCUCUGUGGUAUCCUCCCAUGAAAUCCAUUCUUGUUUAGUGUUUUACAUAUUGUAGAUUCGCUAACAGGGAUGUUAGUGUGGCGGAACCAGCCUCGCCACUGGGCAUUGGAGAAAACUGAUUGCCAGCCUCCUGCCCUGUGACUAUGGCCCCAUGUUGAAAUGCUUGAUUUUCCCCUGCAAAGACCUGAAAGCCGGGUCAUUCGGUACUUUCCCUAUGUGAGCAGUGUUACCCCAGGUAGCUAUGCCAUGGAGCCAAUUCGUAUAACGAAAGACUAUGUGACUAUUCUUUGGCUCCAUGGCAAUUGAACUGUAUGUAUGUGAUCUGAGCGCCAUUCAGUAAUAAUGUGCGCUCAGAUCUAAGCUAUCUGAGGAUAUGUUGAAUGUACCUGUUUUAUGCAAUAGCUGCACAGUUAUAUAUUUUUAUGUAUUUUAUUAUAUUUUGCUACCAUGUGGCUAAUGGAGUUUUGCCUCUGUCCUUGGAGAUAAUUGGAUUACUUCCCAAUUAUCUCCAUAAUAAUGCAUUGUGGGAGUAUUUAAAUGUGUAAGCUUGUGAUUGGUCAAUGUCCAAUGUGUAUCCCAGUUUCCCAUCUGGUCCCCUGGGGGAGUGUCUACCAGGUGGGAGACCUGCAUAAAAUCCGGGCAGGUAGCCCCAGUAAAUCAGUUCUAUUUCACCCUCAAUUUGGAGUGUCGUCUCUUAUUGGGGGAACCUGCUACAAGGGAUUGCUAUGCUCUGCAUACUCUCUUGCUAUAUUCACUGCUAUGCUCUUGUAAGAGCAUGUUCCUGUUUUUGCUCUGUGAUGGAGUCUACGGUUGUUAUGGUGUCUGCUGGAGUGCUGGAAACCCUCAGGAAGCGCUUGGAGCAUCCUUCAACUGAGGUACCCAGUUGGGGUGCCAGGUGAUCCGUUACAGUUAGCAUUUACCAGUGACUUUCGUAUGUCUUUAGCUGACACUCUAGGAUUCUUCUUCACCUCAUUGAGCAGUCUACGCUGUGUUCUUUCAGUCAUCUUUACAGGACGGCCACUCCUAGGGAGAGUAGCAGCAGUGCUGAACUUUCUCCAUUUAUAGACAAUUUGUCUUACCAUGGACUGAUGAACAGCUAGGCUUUUGGAGAUACUUUUAUAACGCUUUCCAACUUUAUGCAAGUCAACAAUUCUUAAUCGUAGGUCUUCUGAGAGCUCUUUUGUGCGAGACAUCAUUCACCUCAGGCAAUGCUUCCUGUGAAAAGCAAACCCAGAACUGGUGUGUGUUUUUUAUAGGGCAGGACAGCUGUAACCAACACCUCCAAUCUCAUCUCAUUGAUUGGACUCCAGGUGGCUGACAUCUCACUCCAAUUAGCUCUUGGAGAUGUUAUUAGUCUAGAGGUUCACAUACUUUUUCCACCUGCACUGUGAAUGUUUACAUGGUGUGUUCAAUAAAAACAUGGCAACAUUUCAUUAUUUGUGUGUUAUUAGUUUAAGCAGACUGUGAUUGUCUAUCGUUGUGACUUAGAUGAUGAUCAGAUCACAUUUUAUGACCAAUUUGUGCAGAAAUCCUUAUCAUUCCAGAGGGUUCACAUACUUUUUCUUGCAACUGUAUGUUCCUCGGCUGAUGCCUCUUUUUUUUUCUUUCUAUUUUUAAACGUAUUUAUGUUUAUUUUUUUUUAUGAUAAAUGUUUUGAUGUUGUUUGAUUUGUCUCCUUAUGUUAUUAUUUAAUUUCCUUUCAGAAUUAACCCCUUGUCCCUGGUGGAAAUAAUCCUCCACGUGGUGAGACAGAUGACAGGUGAGGACAUGAGUGUUCCACAAACUGGCAGAAGGGACAGUAGCUUUCAGGGAAUGGGAAGAAGAUGCACGAUAGGAGUAGGCAUGUUUAAAUGGCACUUAUUCACUAAGCAUAUUUUCUUUUUCCUAGAUCCCACAGUAGCACUCAGCUUUCUUGAGAAAACCCGAGAGAAGGUUAGUUGUGAACUCACACACGGCUCAAUAUUUCAAGUCCUAAUCUACUUGCCACCUUAUGAUAUACUUUAAUAGUAUUUUGUUUUUGAAAUGUCACUUUCUCUAUAGAGACCCACAAGCAUUGAGAUCCUGUUAGCUCUCCAUAACUAAACCCUGCGUGCAGGACCUUCUUAUUGGCUGAGAGAGUUAGCUGAUCACUUUAAGCCUUGCACUGCCAGACUUGGCUCAUUGCAGUGAGUUAUACAGGGCCAGUGGACUCCAGGUAGGAAGUCAAAGCAAAUGGUUUGACUACUUACAUGGGGUCACUCCUGGCACCAUAAUUACUGUGGAUAUUGUGCUGGAGAGUUUUAGUAACCAGUUUAAUUUUGCUGCCCUUCUCCUUGUCACCUUACUUCAUCUUAUUUAUGCUACCUUUCCUCCCUUUAUAUCCAUGUCACACCUUCCUGCUGCUUUCUAUCCUCGACAUGAUCCCUGUGAUGUCCAUUGAUUGAAGGAAGCCACAAGGCACUUGUCUAUAGCCAGCUCUAAACACUCCUUUCUUGUGGCAUGUUUUGUAGAACAUUGCUCAUCAAUACAGGCUGUGAUGCCAGGAUUUGCUUUCAGAGCUAAAGCGAAGCAUAGCUACCUGCUGUUCUGCUACAGCUCUGUUUGCUAGGCUUCCAGGCCACCAGUCAGCUUCCCUACACCCAGAUCAACUCACGUUGGCUCAAAUUCCACUUGCCUUUUGUGAGGGGAUGAGAAAAAAUUUGAGAGCCGUUGAUAUUGGAAAAACCUGUCCCGUUGCCUAUUAAAUGUCCACAGCAUUUGACUUUCUGUAUCUAAUGGGUUUUAGGUAAAGAGCAGUGAUGAAGCUGUUAUACUGUGCAGGACAGCUAUUGGAGCCCUAAAGCUGAACAUUGGGGACUUACAGGCUACAAAGGUAUGUAUGUGACGUUUCUUUAUAGUGCCAACAGAGGUUUGCCAUUGCAAUAACCAUUACUUUGUUUAGCAUUAUUUUAUUUUUUAAUAUUAUUUAAAGACCUGUGGGAAUAUGUGUUCUUUUUAAUAAAGUAUUUAAACUCCAUGAUUAGUUGAUCUAAGUGCUGUUUCACAUCCUUAGGAAACUAUCGAGGCAGUGGAUGAGAUGCUUGGAGCACUUCCUGGUGUAAGCUCUGUGCACAGCCGUUUCUAUGACUUAUCUAGCAAAUAUUAUCAGACUAUUGGUAACCAUGCCUCAUACUACAAAGAUGCACUGCGCUUCCUUGGUUGCACAGACCAUGAUACCUUACCAGGUAAUCCUGAAAUAUGUCCAUUUGUACACAACUUAGAAUUGUCAAAUUGAUCUCCAUACCACAUUUUGUUUUUCAUACAGCAUUUUUUUUUUAUCCUAUGAUCCAGUAGAAAUAAACUUUAAAAAAUUUUUCAACCUAAUGUGUGGGGCUAAUUAUCGGGCUAUUUUACGGUUGAUUUCUUUUGUUUUCACAUAAAAGGUUGGCUUGUUUUAGAUUAGUUAAAAAACAAACACAGAAUCACACUUAAAUUUAAUUUGCAGAGUUACGGAAACAGCCAUAUUAGCCAAAGUUUUGAUGAUUUUCUAACCCACCUAUUUCUGCAAUAUAAAAAAAAAAAUUCCUAUUCAGUUUUUAGUGACGUUAAGGAGGGUGACUAUUGCUGCAGAGCCCCAGGCAAGGUGUAGGUUUGACAAAUAAAGUUUGCAUGUUAUCUCAACAUAUCCUUCUGCUUCACAGUGUCUGAACAGCAGGACAGGGCCUUUACUCUGGGACUUGCUGGUCUUCUGGGAGAUGGUGUCUAUAACUUUGGAGAGCUGGUGAGCCCUUUGUGCCAUUAAAUAUAAUGAAUUUAGUAUUAGAGAAUGUUAGAUUAGGGCUGUAUGCCAGACUACAUUCUGUUACUAGUGAGUAAAGCUAAUUAUUUGCUUAGUUUUGUUUUAAAGACUCAAUCUAAAUGUUACAAUUUGUCAAUCUAAUUUCUAGUUAAUGCAUCCAGUGCUGGAAUCCUUGCGUAAUUCUGAGCGACAGUGGCUGAUAGACACACUUUAUGCCUUCAACAGUGGCAACGUGGAGACCUUUAGAGCUUUAAAAACUGCCUGGGGACAACAGGUAUGGAUAUUUAGCAAGCAUGAUGAACAUUAAUCAUAUGUGUCUUUGCAACUGUAAUUCGUUUUGUGAGUCUAGCAUCAUAUUUUCAUCUAUUUUUGUGAAUCCAAAUAUUCUUGCCAAUUUAGCACAUUUUAAUGCAGCUUCCUGUCCUGUUUUCUCUUCUACUUAGCCUGACCUGGCUGCUAAUGAAGCCCUCUUGCUAAAGAAGAUCCAGCUGCUUUGUCUAAUGGAGGUAAGACGAUUAGGGCAGGCAGUGUUUAUUAGAUUUUAGUAAGGAGACUACAAACUAUAGCUAAGCACCCUGCUAUGCUGUUUUCAUGUUCUGUUGGUUUCUGUUGACAUUUCUUCUUCAGGUGUACCUAAAAAUACUGUGUUGAAUGUGUCUUUUCUAUCUCACUCAUUGUCCAUAAUACACAUUUACCUAUUUUUGACCCUCAGAUGACAUUCACACGCCCAGCUAACCAUCGCCAGCUCACUUUUGACGAGAUAGCGAAGAGUGCACAGGUCAAUGUUAAUGAUGUAAGUUCAUACAGUUUAAAAAAAAUAAAUAAAAAUGUAUUCUCUCUCUCUCUCUUUUAAAUUGAAGUUGUUUUUAUGUGCCGCUGACCACAGCAACACUUUAGCAUGCAGGAUUGCUUUACGUGUUAAAUAGUUUCUCUAAGUACCAUGGCCACUUCACUAAUUUAAAGUGGUCAUGACGCUUAAAGUCUGUAUGUGCAGCUACUUUUAGUCCACUGUUAGGAUUUGUUAAAAAUGCAGACAUGACCGUUUCUUUGUUUUGAAGAAUAUGCACAAAAUGACUUGACUUUUCAAUGUGAAAUGUUCUGUGCUCUUCUUCCACACAGGUGGAGCUCCUUGUUAUGAAAGCCCUGUCAGUAGGGCUUCUCCGUGGCAGUAUUGAUGAAGUAGAUAAGAGAGUGCACAUCACAUGGGUCCAACCACGAGUUCUAGAUCUUCAGCAGGUAAGAUAGUCUUGGUCUCUUAACCCCUUAAGAAUCAUUAUUUUGUGUGAAUCUUAAACAAAUGGCAAUGUAUUUAUAUGAUUGAUUACCAGCAAGGCUAAUCCUAAGCGUUAACCUACAUUUAUAGACAAAAAUAGCCAAAGUUGAAAAAUUUGCCAAAUCAGCUCUGGGUUUUCAGUUUCACUAAUUUGACUUACAAUUCCUGAUAAUUCUCAGUUUAGUAAAUAAAAACCUGCAAAUGAGGUCAUCCAUGAAGAUAAUGUCAAGCAAAUGGCAUCGCAUUUAUGGUUGAUCUCAAAGAUCCCAUCACAAAGUAAACCCUAUGUUUUAUAUAUAACUUGGUGAGCAACAGUUUGAUGUGAAGUUUCCUAGCUGGAAUAGAACUGCUGUCCUUUUAUGUAAUAUGAUUGUAUUAAAGGACCACUCUAGGCACCCAGACCACUUCAGCUUAAUGAAGUGGUCUGGGUGCCAGGUCCAGCUAGGGUUAACCCAUUUUUUCAUAAACAUAGCAGUUUCAGAGAAACUGCUAUGUUUAUGAAUGGGUUAAGCCUUCCCCUAUUUCCUCUAGCAGCUGUCUCAUUGACAGCCACUAGAGGUGCUUGCGUGCUUCUCACUGUGAUUUUUCACAGUGAGAGCACGCAAGCGUCCAUAGGAAAGCAUUAUGAAUGCUUUCCUAUGUGACCGGCUGAAUGCGCGUGCAGAGAGCUCCCCGCCCAGCGCUGGAAAAAGGUAAGUUUUAACCCCUUUCUCCCUUCCAGAGCCGGGCGGGAGGGGGGCCCUGAGGGUGGGGGCACCAUCAGGGCACUAUAGUGCCAGGAAAAUGAGUAUGUUUUCCUGGCACUAUAGUGGUCCUUUAAGAUAUGCAUAUUUACUAUCUAUAGAUAAACAUGGCUGUAUCAUUGACACUGUAUGGUUUUGUUUUUUUUAUGAUUAAAAUGAUUGUUGAGAUGCUAGCAGAAGCAGAUGAACUUUGAGAAGUGUAUUACUUUCCUUAAAUAGAUUGCAGGGCAGCAUCAUUUCCAUAGCACACAAUUGGAUUUAGUUCAAUUACGUUUUGUUCUGUAAAACCUUGUUGAAAGAUAUGUCACCUGACUUUCUUUAGUACUUUGUGCACCAUUGGCUAAAAGAUUUGUUACUGGGCUGUGCACAGUACUUUGAAAUGACAGUAGUUCAUGUAAAUAAUUGUAGUUAAUUAUGGUUAGUUUUAAUUUGUACACUUCAAAGGAGUAUUUUCACUAACCUUCGUUAUGUUAUGAUCUAUUUACCUUACUUUAAAAUAUAUAUAAUAGAUUUAGCAACUGACAUUAAAAAUUAUAAUUUUGGCACAGCCAGGGCACUAGGGGAGAAUCGUUAUUCUUCCGUCUCUCUGUGUGCUGGCUGACUAGUACCAAGGGUACAGCAUAUCAGUGAUCGCCAGCCAGCCAAGAUCGAGGCUCAUAUUUCUGGGAUGAUGUUAAAUACAAGGCUGUUGAUUACUAGAUUUAAUUUUAUUAUUUCAGCACUUACAAACAUAUUUGUAAAAUAGAAAUAAGGAAAACUAAACUUACCGUAUAUACUCGAGUAUAAGCCGAGUUUUUCAGCACAUUUUUUGUGCUGAAAAACCCCAACUCGGCUUAUACUCGAGUCAGUGUCUGUAUUAUGGCAAUUUCCAUUGCCAUAAUACAGACUGGGGGCUGGCAGCGAGCGCUUACCUCUCCUGCAGCUCUCUCCUCCUCCGCGCCGGUCCGUGCAGCACCUCGGUCAGCUCCCAGUGUAAGUCUCGCGAGAGCCGCGGGGUCAUAGUGCGGCUCUCGCGAGACUUACAGUGUGAGCUGAGAGAAGAGCUGCACGGACCGGCGCGGAGGAGGAGAGAGCUGACAGGAGCUGCAGGAGAGGUAAGUAACAGCUCUGCCAGCCCCCCUCCUCCCCCCACUGAACUGCCAAUGCCACUGGACCACCAGGGAAGGAGAGCCCCCCUCCCUGCCAUGUAUCAAGCAGGGAGGGGGGACAACAAAAUAAAUAAAUGAAUAAUAUAUAAAUAAUAAAUAAUAAUAAAAAAAUAAUAUAACAAAAAAAUGAAAAUAAUAUUAAUUAAUAAUAUAUAAAUAAUAAAAAAAUUAUUAUAAAAAAUAAUAUAACCAAAAAAAUUAAAAUAAUAAAUAAUAAUAUAAAUUUUUUAUUUUUAUUUUUUAUAAAAAUGCCCACCCCCCACCAAGGCUCUGCAACACACACACACACUGCAUCACACACAUACACACUGCAUUCAUACAAACACACACUGCAUUCAUACAAACACACACUGCAUUCAUAUACACACACUGCACUCAUAUACACACUGCAUUUAUACACACACUGCGCACUCAUACACACACACUGCACUUAUACACACACACUGCACUUAUACACACACACUGCACUCAUACACACACUGCAUUCAUACACACACACACUGCACUCAUAUACACACUGCGCACUCAUACACACACUGCGCACUCAUACACACACUGCGCACUCAUACACACACUGCGCACUCAUACACACACUGCGCACUCAUACACACUGCGCACUCAUACACACACUGCAUUUAUACACACACACUGCAUUCAUCAUAUACACACACUGUAAAUAAAUAUUCAAUUAAUAUAAUUUUUUUAGGAUCUAAUUUUAUUUAGAAAUUUACCAGUAGCUGCUGCAUUUCCCACCCUAGUCUUAUACUCGAGUCAAUAAGUUUUCCCAGUUUUUUGGGGUAAAAUUACGGGCCUCGGCUUAUAUUCGGGUCGGCUUAUACUCGAGUAUAUACGGUAAUAUAAAAAAACCUGGGAAGAGGGACUGUUCUCCUUUGAGAUGCUAUAAAUUUUGUUGUCUCUAAAGUGUGUUCUCUUACACUAAAUAUACAUAUAUUUCCUUGCAGAUAAAGGGAAUGAAAGACCGUCUAGAGUUCUGGUGCACAGAUGUGAAGAGCAUGGAGAUGCUGGUUGAACACCAAGCUCAUGACAUCUUAACGUAGACAUUUAUUCAUAUUGUUGCAGCACAGAGAGCACCAAUCCCCUACUCCGUUAAAAGGACUACCACAGUCUUCAGCACGGUGCAAGGGUUUAACAAGGACUUGUUUGAGAAUGAACCGGUUCCAUUUUUCUAGUUUGAAGACAUCUUAUCUGGCUUUAUCAGUAAAGCUGUGCCCCUGUUAUGGUAUAUGGUUAAUCUGCACUGAAACGGCAACUGGAGAAUAAAUCAGUUUCUUACCUAUGAAUGCGGAUUAAUAAUUUGUCCGAAUGUGGUAAUCCGGAGUCACACAGGCCUUUUCUUCUGAAGAAUUAUGUUCCAAGUUAAAAGAAAUACAUGGGUGAAAAAUUGGGUUUUUAGCAAUGUCCUUCAAUACAUAGAUGUUGCCCCCUUAUUUUUUUUUAUCCAGGACACUUUUGCCUGCGAGCAGGAAGUGUAUUACAUUCCUAUAUUUUAUUAUGCAGUGAGAUUGAAUACUUUUUACUCGAGUUGUUACCGGCAUAUUUGGUUUAUGAUAGACCCAGUUAGCCUCAGGUAGCAGUGUAGUGAGCUCUGUGUAGGUAAAUAAAUUACAAGGUAUUUACAUUAAAGACUUUAGGAAAAGCAAGUUAAAAUAAUCCCUCAGUAAUUUCAAGUGAUUUUAUACUUCAAUAAAAACAUGCAAACCUAUGGAGCUGCUUAACGCACAGGUCUCAAAAUUUCCUCCUGCCCACUCGUAAUUAGAAAUUCACUGUGCUGCUUCUUGAAAUUUAACCUUGGCAGGUUAUGAAUAUCACACACCAUAGCAAAUUCGGCCGUUACCAGUCCCUCUUAAAUUAACCAGCCAGAACUGUUCAACCUUAGAAAUGUAACUCUGGCUUGUUUCUAUUUCCAGCUAAAGUAAGAGGAGCGAUCACAAUUAAAAAUCAACCAUGGAGUCCCUACAUCUAUGUAAAGACAGUAUAGGAGAGCACCAAUCUGCAGGGAACACAUAGAACUGUGCAGCCAUUAAUGCAUUAGCAGCUGUCCGGAUUCUGCCAUCCAAUACAGAGCCUGCUUUCCUGUGUGCCGCCACCUUUCAACCAGCUCCUGUUAUAUGUAACAUCACAAUAGUCUGUAGUGCUUCCGACUGAUGUCAGACUACAAUGCAGGUAUAGCGGCAGAGUUCAUUCGGAAUGUGUAGGUGUUACGUUUGUGUGUUAGCAGGCCUGAAUAUUCAUCACAAUCGAUAUUGUCCUAGUUUUAUAGUGGAUAUGUAACUUUCCUUGGGGGUGAGAGGUUAGCUGCUGCGUUCAUAGCAGCUUGUCUUUGGUUCUAUUUAACCCUUAAGCUUAACAUUCUGCACCUAGUGCUACUCACACUAAAUUCUUGCUUUGGCAUCUCAUUAUGUUUCCCCAGCAUUGGCAGUUUAAUGUAGUCAUUUGGAGAACACUAAUAAAACAUGUCAAUGCGCUUCUGGAUUCACACAAGCCAAUACAUGUAACCCAACAUUUGCUCACAAUGCACUUCUAUGCAAAUAAACCUCUUCGUUCCAAUAUUCACAAGUGACGAACUCCACCCAUACCUUCUAUGCCCUCACAAACUCCCAUUCCUCUCCAACAAUCACUGGCCUUCCAUGGCAUGAAUGAAAGGUGUGCAUGUAUCUGUGAUAGCGACAAACCUUUAGCACUUGUUAAUACAGAAAUUUCACACUGAGAACAUUAUAAAAGUACUAAAUAUUUUCAAAUCCUAUAGUCUAUUCACCUCCCUCUCCCCCCAGUAAGUUGUUUUUAUAUUGGUUCCGACCCAGCCCCGCAAUGUCCAUUAUUUCUUUCAUCUUUUAUGUGCAGCUGUAGGUUUAAAAGACUUUAUUCGUUAACCCUGGGAAACAAUGAAUUAUCUGUGCAGCUGACUGGCAGCGGUGUACUGGAUAUUCUACACAGAUUCACUAAACUUGUACAUCAUAGCAAAUUUCAAUCUCAGAACUGAAAUUAACGCUAAAAAUAAUUGAUUUGAAAUUUUUUUAAUACUAAUCAAAUCAGAGCUUUGGUUUUAUAGCCUAAUUUUGCCAUUCAUAUUUCACUAGUACGUGAUAAUGCAUGAUAACUAGCUAAUUUAUUUGGAGAAUUCUAAACUCCUACAGGAUAAUGUUAACAUGUAUCUUACGUUAUGGUAAAAAAAAACAACAAAACAAACCAACUAGUGCAAAUUUUCUUUUGUUUUAUUGAAUUGAAAAAAUAUGUGGAUAUCAAACACUUAAGUAAAGGAGUGCAAAACACUUUAAACAGGUGUCCCUCUCGAAGAAUGCAAUUACUCAGAAACAUUCCCACAAAAAGGUGCUUAAUCGUGCAACCAACCACAUAUAUUACGUAAUACAGAGUAAACUAAAAGAUUUCUCUAGCAUUUUAUGCAUGUCCAGAGAAACUAGUUCAAACUAAUGCAACAAUUAUAUAGGACAUUACAGUAUGGAUCAUGGGAACUCUGGCAUUGUGCAAAACAUAGCCCGUAACAGCUUAGCCAUCGAGAACAUAGAAUAGUAUGUAAAGAGUUAAAACCAUAAGAACGCAUUAACCAAGUAGCUUUGAAUAACUAUAAAAGUGCAGGAAUGCUGGCUGAGAAGCUAUCAAAAUAUUAGUGUUUUUUUUUUUUUUUUUACAUUUUAAACAAUUUGACUAAAGCAAGUUAUUAAGAAAAACAUAAUAUCUGUGCAGUUAACGCUGCUAUUGGAAGCACUUUUGGCAACAGUUUAGAGUCCUCUGGCGAGCGUUUAAUCCACCUCUUCAAUAGUAGGGCCACCUUUUGCCUGGUUGCCGCCAGCAUGUCCAGCUCCUGGCAUGCCACCCUGGUAUAGUUUUGUAAUGAUGGGGUUACACAGCUUCUCUAGCUCUUUUUGUUGAUGUGCAUAUUCUUCCUUCUCUGCCAGCUGGUUUGCUUCCAGCCAAGCGAGUACCUGCUUGCAUUUGUCCAGAAUGGCGUUUUUAUCUUGCUCACUGAUCUUGCCCUUUAUAGCGUCAUCUUCUACAGUACUCUUCAUGUUAAAGGCAUACGCCUCAAGUCCAUUUUUCGCAGCAAUUUUCUCUCUUUGAGCUUCAUCAUCAGCUUUGUAUUUCUCUGCUUCUUGUACCAUUUUCUCAAUGUCUUCUUUGCUGAGACGACCCUUGUCAUUAGUAAUGGUUAUCUUGUUCUGUUUACCAGAGCUCUUGUCAACAGCAGACACGUUGAGGAUACCAUUGGCAUCUAUAUCAAAGGUGACUUCAAUCUGUGGCACUCCUCGUGGAGCUGGUGGUAUCCCACUCAAGUCAAACUUUCCCAGAAGGUUGUUGUCUUUGGUCAUGGCCCUUUCUCCUUCGUACACUUGGAUUAGCACACCAGGCUGAUUGUCUGAGUAUGUGGUAAAAAUCUGGGUUUGCUUGGUAGGGAUGGUGGUAUUGCGUUUUAUUAGAACAGUCAUCACGCCGCCAGCUGUCUCCAAGCCCAAUGAGAGAGGAGCAACAUCUAACAGGAGCAAGUCUUGAACAUUUUCAGAUUUGUCACCAGUCAGAAUGGCUGCCUGCACAGCUGCUCCAUAUGCAACAGCUUCAUCUGGAUUGAUGCUCUUGUUCAGCUCUUUGCCAUUGAAGAAGUCUUGUAAGAGUUUUUGAACUUUGGGUAUACGAGUGGAACCUCCAACAAGUACAAUCUCAUUAAUCUGAGACUUGUCUAGCUUGGCAUCUCGCAAGGCUUUCUCCACUGGCUCCAGCGUGCCUCUGAACAGAUCUGAGCACAGUUCUUCAAACCGAGCCCUGGUGAUGGAUGUGUAGAAGUCAAUACCUUCAUAAAGAGAGUCUAUCUCAAUACUGGCCUGGGUGCUAGAGGACAGAGUGCGCUUGGCUCUCUCACAAGCAGUCCGUAGUCUCCUGAUAGCCCUCUUGUUUUGACUUAGGUCUUUCUUAUGUUUGCGCUUGAACUCUUCCACAAAGUGAUUCACCAUUCGGUUAUCAAAAUCUUCACCUCCUAAGUGGGUGUCCCCAGCAGUGGAUUUGACUUCGAAAAUGCCAUCAUCAAUGGUCAGGAUGGACACAUCAAAUGUACCACCUCCCAGAUCAAAUAUCAGGACAUUUCUCUCACCUCUCCCACUCUUAUCCAGUCCAUAGGCAAUUGCAGCUGCAGUGGGCUCAUUAAUGAUUCUGAGUACAUUUAGACCAGCAAUAACGCCAGCAUCUUUGGUAGCCUGCCUCUGAGAGUCGUUGAAGUAGGCUGGGACAGUAAUAACAGCACUUGUCACAGUAUAGCCCAGGUAAGCCUCAGCUGUCUCCUUCAUCUUGGUCAGGACCAUGGAUGAGAUCUCCUCAGGGGAGAAAGUCUUCUCUUCUCCCUUGUACUCCACCUUCACCUUUGGCUUUCCUCCAUCACAGACCACUGUAAAGGGCCAGUGCUUCAUGUCAGACUGCACCACUGGUUCCUCAAAUUUCCUCCCAAUCAGUCUCUUGGCAUCAAACACUGUAUUCUGAGGGUUGAGGGCGACCUGGUUCUUGGCAGCAUCUCCAAUCAACCUUUCUGUGUCUGUGAAGGCCACAUAGCUUGGGGUAGUCCUGUUUCCUUGGUCAUUAGCUAUGAUCUCCACCUUGCCAUGCUGGAACACGCCAACACAGGAGUAGGUUGUUCCCAGAUCAAUGCCAAUAGCCACUGCUUUAUUUGCCAUCUUGGAGAGCAAGUUCAGGUCUCUUGAUGGAGGUGAAAACCUUCAGUAGCCAGUGAGGUUUCCAAUAAGGUAAGUAGGUGCCCUCUCAGCAGUAGGUACCCUCUCAGGUAGGUAUCCUGCCAGCAGUAGGUGCCCUCUCAGGUAGGUAUCCUGCCAGCAGUAGGUGCCCUCUCAGGUAGAUAUCCUGCAGCAGUAGGUGCCCUGCCAGCAGUAGGUGUCUUGCCAGGUAGGUAUCCUGCAGCAGUAGGUGUCUUGCCAGCAGUAGGUACCCUCUCAGGUAGGUAUCCUGCCAGCAGUAGGUGCCCUCUCAGGUAGGUAUCCUGCCAGCAGUAGGUGCCCUCUCAGGUAGAUAUCCUGCAGCAGUAGGUGCCCUGCCAGCAGUAGGUGUCUUGCCAGGUAGGUAUCCUGCAGCAGUAGGUGUCUUGCCAGCAGUAGGAGCCCUCUCAGGUAGGUAUCCUGCCAGCAGUAGGUGCCCUCUCAGGUAGGUGCCCUGCCAGCAGUAGGUGUCUUGCCAGGUAGGUGCCCUCUCAGGUAGGUGCCCUGUGACAGCUUACUCUGUGAACUAAUAGCGACUCCCAGUUCUCUCACUCCUCUCUCCUCAGCUGAACUGAAGCUCUGUCCGCGCCCGCAGCUGUAUUUAUAACGACAAGCGUCGCUCUGGCAACGGCUGGAAGGUUCCCCAGACUUCGACCGCGGCUCCCACCAAUCAAAAGCCGUCCUCGCGUUCACGUGACCCCGCCGCCAGGACUUUUUCUAGGAUCUUCUGGAAACGCUCGGAGCAAACUGCUCCCGCCCGCCUGCUUCCUCAUCCAGCCAAUCAGCGACUUUGUUUAUC